UCCAUAUUAAUUUCCUCAUUUGGAGUCGACGACGUUUCUCUUCAAGUCCUCCUUUCCCUUCUCCUUCAGUUCCCUAAUCCAAAUCCCUAAUUCUCGAUUCCUAAAUCUUCUCGAUCGGCAACCAUGGCGUCAGCUCCCUCGAUCCGCCCCGCUUUCUCUUCCACUUCUGCCGCCGAUUUUAUCUCUGUUGAUCGAGUCCGCCUCUAUCCGUUCUCCGGCGCCGUCAAGGUUUCGCCUUUCCGUCGACUUACGUCGUAUUCGAUCGCCUGCGCCGCCGUCGCUGCCAUCAACGGAGGUGUCGUCCCUAAGGUCGACGAUCGCGCUCGGAUCAACGGAUUUGAGUCCGCCGGUCUGCGGGUCGCCUUCCAAGGUGCCCCCGGCGCCUACUCCGAGUUUGCCGCCAAGACCGCCCUCCCGGGCUGCGAGACCCUCCCCUGCCGCGCCUUCGCGGACGCGAUCUCCGCCGUCGAGCGCGGCCUCGCCGACCGCGCGAUCCUCCCCGUGGAGAGCACCAUGGACGGCGCCGGCCUGCGCAAUUACGAGUUCCUCCUCCACCACGACCUCCGUGUGGUCCAGGAGAUUAGCCUCUUCGUCAACUACUGCCUCCUCGCCAUGCCCGGCGUCAGCCCCGCCGAGCUCCGCCGCGUGAUCAGCCACCCGCUCGCGCUCGCUCACUGCAGCCGCGCCCUCGCCCAGCUCGGCCUCCACCUCCGCGAGCCCGUCGAGGACACCGCCGGUGCCGUCGAGAUGCUCCGCUCCAACCGCCUCCUCGACACCGCCGCCAUCGCCUCCCCGCGCGCCGCGCUCCUCUACGGCCUCGACGUCCUCGCCGACGGCCUCCAGGACGAUUCCUGGAACGUGACGCGCUUCCUCCUCCUGGCCUCGCCCACGUCCCUCGCCGCCGCCGUGCGCCCAAAGGCUGCGGCGCCUUUGAAGACCUCGACGGUGGUGGCGCACCGGGGCGGCUCCAUGUCGGUGCUCCUGAAGGUGCUCUCUGCCUUCUCCCGUCGGAGCAUCAACCUGACGAAGCUGGAGGUGCUCAACUCGGCGUCGAAGGAGGACAAGUCACCGGUGUUCAUCCUGGACGUGAGUAGGAAGGGGAUGCUCAGGGCGUUCCCCCAUGUCCUGUACGUUGACUUCGAGGGCUCGCCGGAGAACCCCAAGGCGAAGGAGGCCAUCGACGAGAUAUCGCAAACCGCCGAGUUCGUGAGGAUCUUGGGCUGCUACGCCGCCGACACCAACAUCUACGAUCUUCAUUAACGACCAGAACAAAGCUUCACAAUAAGCAGGCACGUGACCUGAUUAGCAACUCAAUUCCCUGCUUAUUCCGACAAUUAUGGUUUCCACGAUGGAUAUAAUUGUAAUUUCACGGAUUAUUACUAUUUCCGAUUAUAAUUUUCUUAUUUCCAUCCAAAAUGCCGACAA